AUGCCCGCCGACCCGCAAGCCCUCGCCCACACGCAAUCCCUCGCCUCCCCCAGCACCUUCUGGCACACCCACGGCCAGCAACUGCACUGGUCCACGCCGUACACCACGCCCCUCCACCACGACACCGCCACCUCCACAUGGGCCUGGUUCCCCGGCGGCAAGAUCUCGGCGACCUAUAACCUCGUCACGCGGCACGUGCUUGCGGGCAAUGGCGGGCGGGCGGCGAUUAUUUGGGACUCGCCCGUGACGGGCAUGAAGAGGAGGAUUACGUAUAAGGAGCUGCAGGCGGAGGUGGAGGUGCUGGCGGAGGUGUUGCGGCAGAGGGGCGUGGGGAGGGGGGAUCGGGUGUUGGUUUAUAUGCCCAUGAUCCCCGAAUGCCAAAUUGCGCUCCUCGCAAUCACGCACCUCGGCGCCAUCCACACCGUCGUCUUUGGCGGCUUCGCGCCCGCCGAGUGCAGCAAACGCAUCGACUCCGCCGAGCCCAAGCUCGUCCUCACCGCCUCGUGCGGCAUCGAGGGCGGCGCGGGCGGGAAGCGGCGCGUCAUUCCUUAUUUACCUUUGGUGCGAGAAGCAAUCGACAAGAGCGCCCACAAGCCGCAAGCCACGCUGCUGUGGCAGCGCGAGGAGAUGUAUCAAGCGCUGGACAAGGGCCGGGGCGAGCUGGGGUGGAACAAGCUGGUGCGGUCUGAGCGGGUGCGGAGGGGGAUGACGGGCGUGGGGAGGGCGGAGGGUGAGCAGGGGGCGGUGAAGAGGGUCAAGAUACCUGGUGGGGGCGGGUGUGUCGAGGUCGGGGAGGCGUUCCCGAGUGAGGAUCCGCAGUAUAUCAUCUAUACCAGUGGAACCACUGGCAAACCCAAAGGCGUAAUCCGCACCCUCGGCGGGCACCUCGUCGGCCUCUCCUACACCGCCACCACGCUCUUCAACCUCACGCCCACGUCCACAAUCUUCUGCGCCUCCGACCUCGGCUGGGUCGUCGGCCACUCGUACAUCCACUACUCGCCGCUGCUCCUCGGCGCCACCACCGUCCUCUUUGAGGGAAAGCCCAUCGGCACCCCCGACGCAUCAACCUUCUGGCGCAUCGUCGAGGACUACAAGGUCGACGUCCUCUCCACCGCGCCCACGGCGCUCCGCGCGAUCCACCGCGAGGACCCGGAGCUGCGGGGACUCGCAGCCCACGACACGUCCUCGCUGAAGGCGCUGUUCCUCGCGGGCGAGCGCAGCGAGGCGGGGAUCGUGGACUUGUUCCAGAAGCGCCUGUGGGGCGGGUACGACGGUGCCGGCACGAUUGUGGACAACUGGUGGAGCAGCGAGUCGGGCUCUCCCAUGACGGGCGUGUGUCUGGGACUGUCUCCCCGACCACGCAUCAAGCCUGGGUCCGCCGGGCGGCCGCUGCCCGGCUGGGACAUCCGAGUUGUGGACGACUCGGGGAAGCGUAUUACUGAGGCGGGGAAGAUGGGGAACAUUGUUCUCGGCCUGCCACUCGCGCCGACGGGCUUCCGGGGGCUGUGGGCGGACGAGGGGAUGGCGCUGUAUACCAAGGCGUACACGAAGCGGUUCGGGCAGGGCCUGCUCGACACCGGCGACGCGGGGUACAUCGAUGCAGACGGGUUCGUGAACGUCAUGAGCCGCACCGACGACGUGAUCAACGUCGCCGCGCACCGCUUCUCCACGGGCGCCAUGGAGGGCGUGGUCCUCGGCCACGCGGGCAUCGGCGAGGCCUACGUAGUCCCGUGCCCGGACAGCCUCAAGGGGCAUGUUCCCUUUGGGUUUAUCGUUCUCGAGGCGGCGCUGCAGGGCGUGGACGAGGGCGUGCUGCUGAAGGAGGUGAACGGGCUUGUGCGGCGGGAGAUUGGGCCGAUUGCGGUGCUGGGCGGGCUGGUUGUGCUGACGAAGGUGCCGCGGACGCGGAGCGGGAAGACGCUGCGGAGGGUGAUGCGCGAGGUGCUGGAGGGCGUGGUGGCCGGCGGGGACGGCAAGGGCGUGGAGGUGCCGGCGACGAUUGACGAUGCGACGAGCGUGGAGAGCGUGCGGGCUGCGGUGGUGCGGUGGUGGUGGAAGGAGCGGGGCGGCGCGGUCAAGGCGAAGAUGUAA